UUGAACGCAAAAGGAUUUUUUAUUUUUGUUGGUUGCAUCAAAGGCCAGCAACAAGGACAAGAGUUGAACAAAGCUUUGUUGGGUCAACGAGCAAGUUUCAACCUUGUCCUCCCAAAACAUAAACAUUGAACACCUCUUGUUUUUUUAUUGAAAAAGAUUUGAAGACAGAUGAAAUUGACUGGAAUUUAAACUUUUCGACCACCACCAACGUUUACUGCACACAUUAUUGGCACCCACCAAAAUUCUAGCGGGCCGAUAUUUGUAGCUAUUCAAACAACAAGACCGCUUUCCAUCUGAUAUUUUUCUGCAAAACGAAAUUCAUUAAUGGACUCGCGGUCGUCCGUCGUCAGUUGGCCAGCGACAUACAGCAUGCUCCCGUAUCCAAACGGAUACGAUGGGCAGCAGUACAACAGCCAUCCAAAUGGCAUAGCGUAUCCACCUCACACAUCCCACGUCCCAUCCUACUACGACCCCCACCUAUCCUAUGACCCCCACGCUUCCUACGACCCCCGCGCUUCAUAUGCGGCCUCAUAUGAUAUAUCCCAGCCAUCAUCACCCACCACACCGCAAAACACUCUUUCACUCGCAGAAUUCUACGCUCGGUUUAUAGACAGGAGGGUUCCACCUGUUUCGACACUGCAUGGGUCAUGUCUGGAUUACCUCACAUCCGCCCGUCUCUCACCAAAGGACGCUCAAAUAUGGGACUGCGAAACAGGGAUGGUAGUGGCGUUGAGUGAGCGUGGUCAAAGGAUUUUGGAAGAUUUUGGGGAAAUGAAACGACGACGGUCGGCUGUGAUUGUUUUGCAAAAAGUGUGGAGAGGGUAUUGUGCUCGAAAGCGGGUGAAUGAGAUGAAAAAGGGGAUGGGUACUGGGCGGUCGGCGUCACCUGUGGAUAACAAAAUGGAUGAACGGCGUGUGUCGAGACGGGUUACCAAUCUCCGCAGGCAUUUGCAGAGGGUGUCUGUUGCGUACAGGGAGAUUUUGUUGAGGGAUGGAUUACAGGCGGGUACAUCAACUCCAUCGCCAAAGGAGAUUGAGUUUAUGAAGCUCUUGAAUUCGGAGCAGACUUUUCGAUUAUCCGCUCAUCUGUCGAUUUUGGCGGCAGGUGGGUCAGUGGGUGCAGAUGAGGAGGCCAAAAGGCGAGAGGAUGCGCGAAUGUCAGUGUUGGGGGGUCCCCUUGGACAAAAAACGCCGGCCCAAAUCUACCAAGAGUACGGUCCGCGUGUCGUUGAAUGGUUACGUGGUACACUAUCCCUCCCGGCCGAUGCACCCGGGGACAUUAUGACACUCCUCCAAACCGGCGAUGUCCUCUGCCAUUUAGCUUGUAAACUCUACCCAAGAACCCAAUGUCAACUCUUGACCAAAGGCCCCGAAUUCACUGUACACAAAAUUAUCUUUUUUCUGGAAUUAUGCAAAACGGUGGGCGUGAAACCAAAGUACCUCUUUUCCGUCGCGGACAUUUUGAUGGGUGUCGACGGGGACCCGAGUCGACGGGCUGGGUUGACUGUCUUGAGAACCGUUUGCGCACUUGAACGACAGGCGAGACGACAGGGUUGGGAUGGACCGGUUAUUAUCCUCAAAGAGGAGGAUGAGGAUGGUCGGAGACGGUCGAAAAGGGCAUCAAGGAGUCGAGCACGGUCUAGAUCGAAUAGCAAUAGCAUGAUGGCGAGGGAUGAGCAGCGAAUGUCCAGACGGCCGAGUGGGGAGUCGCUUUAUUCAAUGUACGCGUAUCGAUGGAGUCGACCUGCUGCUCCAACUGAUACACUCGUUCAAGUACAAGAAACAGAACAACCAACACACGAAGCAGAACCUUCUGAUCAUGCAGGACUUUCCGAAGACGUUUUAGCUCUUAAAUACCAAAAACACCUUAGUGUCAUGUCGGCUGAUCCGCGUCCUAGUACACCUACUUCCCCUCCCGCUUCCGACUCCUCAUCCCACAUCAACCACACACGCACCCCUUCCCACUCCUCUGACACAACAGUGAUUGUUACCCGCGAUGAAACCCACCUUGAAAAAAGUGAUGCGGGGUCAACUUACGAUGAUCACUCGUUUCGUGCCGUGUCAAACAACAAUUUAACGCCGCCCGCUUCACCCCCACCUUCGGAAGCGACAGACGUGACUACUGAUGAACAUUUUGAAGAGGUGUCUAAAAAGGCUUUGAUGAAAAUGCAGUUGAUAAAGAGGAAAAAGAGGGAAGGAGGAAUUAAGCAGUUGGUUUUGAGUGAGGAACACUAUGUACACAAUCUAACUGUCAUCAAUUCUUAUGGCGCAACAUUGCUUCAAGAGCGCAAGGCAUAUAUUCGACAUGUUCGCAAAACCCUUUCAGAUGGGACAGUCUCAGAUUCAAUGGAUUCGGAUGCUACUAGCGCCAACACACCACCACCUACCAUCGAUCCCGCGUCCUCACUCGCACGUCUGGCGGGGGAAGACGACAAAACCUACCUGACCCGCCUCCAAAACGAAACAAACGACUACAUUGCCCUCUACACCGUCAUGCAAAGUCUGCUUUCCCUACACGAAGAUUUACUAUCAGCUCUCCGAAGAGCAACAAUCCCCCCACCCACCGCAGAUCCCGAACUCGAAUCUUUAAAAAUCGGACACCCCUUUCUCCACUUUUCUAGCGCGUUAACGAGGCCGUAUAUUACCUACGCAGUCCUCACGACCGCUGACGCGCCUCAUCGACUUGGAAUUUUAAGCUCUAAAAGUACCGCGCGGGAUCGGACAUUGUUUGUAGAGCAUAUGCAGGCGAAUUUUAAAGGUAAAGACCGGCAUCCGGUUCUUACGAUUUCGACGGAACGGGAAUGGAGGCAUCAUUUGUUGAGACCUCUUCUCCGGCUCAAACAGUACAGUAAAUUGUUGGCGGAUGUUGGACGUGGUAUCCACGUGGUGGGGGUUGAAGAAGAGGAUGUGCGGCGUGAUGAGAGGCUGUGUCUUAUGGCGGGAUUGAAAAUAGAGGCAUUGGUACAGAGUGUGGAAAGUGGAUUAGGGAUUGAUAUUUGAGCUGUUAUUAUUUUUGAGCUGUAGUUUUGUAGUUUUUUUUGGUUGAUUGUAUUGACUUUAUCCUGAUGACAUGGGGUCUAUUGUAGUGUGCAAUAUAGAUUUUCUUUCAUGGUUCAGUUACCGUAUACGAGGCAUCUCAUCAUCACACAUUUUCAACAUAAUACUAAUGACAUCUCGC